ACGUUAAUCACAACACCCCUUAAUUUAUCCGCAUACCAGCCAAGGUCAUCCAACUCGACCCGGCCCAAUCAGAAACCGCCAGCCAGAAUUCCCAACCAACAAGAAACCUUCAAUCCGGUUUAGUCCAGAGCACUUCAAUGCUUUGAAGUUUUUGAGAUAGCUAACAACGCCCCGUGAAGGAAUGCCCCUUCUUAAUCCGGAAUAAUGUGAAGGGGGAAUUGUUUAAAAUGAAAGAUCGGGCGUUCCAUUCUUAGCAAAUAAAACAGCUUUUUCCCACACGUCUGCAUGAAAUAUAACUGGGUAGUACAUCAAUCUCCUCCCCAGAACAACCUCACAAUACUAUCACCCUACAGUCAGGGUCUAUCAAGUCCGGCUUGGUAAACAGACAUGGCUCCCCGCCUCGUGAAACUAGCAGAUAACUUCUCCUGCUAUAGCAGCGGAGAACUCGAAGCACAAUUCAUCUACAGGGAGAUCUUCGAGAAUCAUGACUAUGACGGACCAGUACUCCCGGAAGCACCAUUCGUCGUUGAUGCAGGUGCCAACAUCGGACUUUUCUCUCUAUACAUGAAAGAAAAACAUCCACUUUCCAAGAUCCUUGCUUUCGAACCGGCACCGGAAACACUCGAGACGUUGAAGAAAAACCUAGCUUUGCAUAAUGCCACAGAUGUUAUAGUGUACCCUUACGCCUUGGGCGCUCAGGCCUGCACUGCGGUAUUCACUUACUUUCCCAGGGGGCCCGGCAGUUCUACGUUAAAUAUUGAAGAGAAGAGGCACCAGAUUCAGCUCUUUCAAGAAACUUGCGGCUACACUUUGUCAGAUGGUAUAUUCGGGGGUGCUACAGAGAUCACGGUUCCGGUUAAUCGGUUGUCAUAUUUUCUUAGUCGCGACCAUAGCAAUGUCGCGGCAAUUGAUCUUCUUAAGAUUGAUGUUGAGGGUACCGAGUUGGAAGUGCUAGGUGGGCUUGACGAUGCGGACUGGAAGAAAAUACGGAAUAUUGUAAUGGAGGUGAGUGACCUGGAGGGAAGUCUUGAAAAGGCGAAGCAGUUGCUGGAAUCGAAGGGGUUUACUGUUACUUAUGUCGCUGCUCGAGAGAUUCCGGAGGUCUUCAAGAUGUUCAUCCUGACAGCUUGUUUGUGA